AUGGAGCCCUUCCUCAGGAAGCGGCUGGCCUUCCUGUCCUCCUUCUGGAACAAGAUCUGGCCAGCAGGUGCCCAGGACCACGGCAUCCCCUGCUUCCCCGACCCUGGCGCCCACCCUGAGCUGGAACCACCCGCCGCUGCGCUCUGCAGCCCCCCAGCGCCCGGGCAGCUCUUCAGGGCGCUGUGCGACUUCACAGCGCGGUGUGCGGAUGAGCUGAGUGUCAGCCGCGGGGACAGGCUCUAUGCCCUCAAGGAGGAGGACGACUACAUCUUUGCCCGUCGGCUCUCCGGCCAGCCCAGUGUGGGGCUCGUGCCCCUCGCCUACGUAGCCAAGGCCACCCCUGAGAUUCUCGCAGACCAACCCUGGUACUUCAGUGGCAUCAGCCGCACCCAGGCCCAGCAGCUGCUCCUGUCCCCUGCCAACGUUCCAGGCGCCUUCCUCAUCCGGCCCAGUGAGAGCAGCCAGGGUGACUACUCGCUGUCAGUCCGGGCCCAGGCCAAAGUCCGCCACUACCGCAUCUCCAUGGCAGCUGACGGCAGCUUCUACCUGCAGAAGGGCCGUCUCUUCCCCAGCCUGGGAGAGCUGCUCACCUACUACAAAGCCAACUGGAAGCUGAUCCAGAACCCGCUACUGCAGCCCUGCGUGUCCCAGAAGCCCCUGGAGCAGGACGAGUGGGAGCGGCCGCGCUCCGAGUUCACCCUUCGGAGGAAGCUGGGCAAAGGCUACUUCGGGGAGGUGUGGGAAGGCCUGUGGCGCGGCUCUCUGCCCGUGGCCAUCAAGGUCAUCAAAUCAGCCGACAUGAAACUCGCUGACCUCGCCAAGGAGAUCCAGACGCUUAAAAGCCUGCGACACGAGCGGCUCAUCCAGCUGCACGCCGUGUGCUCCACGGGCGAGCCCGUGUACAUCGUCACCGAGCUCAUGCGCAAGGGCAACCUGCAGGCCUUCCUGGGCAGCCCCGAAGGCCGUGCCCUGAACCCUCCAGUCCUGCUGGGCUUUGCCUGCCAGGUGGCUGAGGGCAUGCGCUACCUGGAGGAGCGGCACAUCGUGCAUCGAGACCUGGCCGCCAGGAAUGUGCUCGUGGGCGACAACCUGGCUUGCAAAGUGGCUGACUUUGGCCUGGCCCGGCUGCUCAAGGAUGACAUCUACUCCCCGAGCAGCGGCUCCAAGAUCCCCGUCAAGUGGACGGCGCCCGAGGCCGCCCACUACCGGGUGUACUCCCAGAAGUCGGACGUCUGGUCCUUCGGAGUGCUGCUCUAUGAGGUGUUCUCUUACGGCCAGUGUCCCUACGAAGGAAUGAGCAACCACGAGACGCUGCAGCAGAUCGAGAGAGGGUACCGGCUUCCACGCCCGGCCGCCUGCCCCGCCGAGGCCUACGCGCUCAUGCUGGCGUGCUGGAAAGGCAGCCCAGAGGAGCGGCCGGCCUUCGCCGUGCUGCAGGCGACGCUGGGCACCCUCCACAGGCGCCUCCACCCCACCCUCACGUGA